AUGUCCAGUACCAGACUUGCAAAAACGGGAAGUGGCUCUCUCCGUCUCUUCAACCCAACCUACAGAACGAACACAUCAAUCGAAGCGUUCAUCCAAGACCACCCCGUGACCCGCGCCUUGCGAGCCAACCCUAAGUUCACCGAGUCCCGCCCCCAUCUCAACGGACCCGCGAUGCUUCGAGAUCCAAAACUCCUAGCGGGAUCCCUCGCAGGCACACAGAAGCUAUCAGUACCCCCAUAUGUGUUCAAUGAAACGAAUGGCAAACGCAUGAUCGUCAUCCUCCAUGUUGAAGGUGAUGGCUGCAGUCAUCCGGGUAUCAUCCACGGUGGUCUGAUAACGACAUUGAUAGACGAUACUUUCUGCAGAUGCCGCUCGGCCGUUCUUCCCAAGCGGGUUGGUGUCACUGCCAAUCUCAAUGUUGAUUUUCGUAAACCCGCUUUGACUCAGUCUUAUAUUGUGCUGAAGGCUGAGGUGACCAGGAUGGAGGGGCGUAAAUCUUGGGUGGAGGGGUCUAUUGAGACGCUGGAACUUGAUGGUGGGGAUCCGUCUCUUCUUGCCGAGGCUAAGGCUCUUUUCAUACAGCCGAAGGAGACUGAGGGCUUGGGCUUGUAA